AUGUUUGCAAGCUGGAAGGGAUUAAGGGGACAUCUUAACAGAGUGAAGCCUUGUGAUCAGGACAAAACAGUCGCUACGGUAGUACGACGUCGACCGCCGGCAUCGAAAAAGUACUCCAAAUGCAACAAGACAUUUUCAAGUCCGCAGAGUCUUCGAAUUCAUAUGAACCGAGUAACAUCGUGUGACCAAGACACGAAGAACGAGCUGGAUCCUAUGACUCCAUUCGAUACAACAUCUUCGACGACAUUGACGCUGAUGAGAAGUGAUGAAUUGAAGAAAGAAGAAGGACGGAAAGUUAAAGCGAGGUAUCAGUCCCGCAAAGCGUACUUGAAGAAACGUGGGCGCUUAACAUUGAAUCUUAAAAACAAUGGAUCGAAUAAAAUUUUUGAUGAAAGCAGCAAUGCCGAGUUAUCUAGUCGUGUGGUGAAGCGACGUCGUGGACAAGAAGAAACAGCAGAAAAAGAUAAGCCGACUGGUUCUCCUUCCGAUGUGUCCGGAUUAUUACAACCAAGCAUUCCCACGCUCUCGCACACAAUGACUUCAGAGGAACUGUCGAAUACAGAAGGGAACUUUGUGCAUCGAUCAAGCAAGGGACACGGUGGCGAUUUACUUGCAGGAGGAUGCAGCUGUCCCCCAUGUGUUUUUUUUCGACGUUGGGCGAGGGAACUUAUGAAUCGGAUGCAGCAACUUGAAGACGAGGUAUUGAUGUUGCGGCAGCAAAAACAAUGGGUUCUGGCAACAAGUACUGACGAUCUGUCGCACACCGCUGUUGGCGAUGUUGCUUCCCCUCAGGCAGAGCCAGCAGAUAGUCUCAAGUUGCUAAUUGACUUUAGCAAUGCUGUGGAUACAUCUCAACCGCCAGAGCGCGGGCUGUCAAAUAGUGUAGCAAGUUUUAAAUCAAGUCUGCUCUGUGCUGACGGUGGUGAUGGACACCGAAGUGUGAUGGCUUCUGUUGAAGAGUCUAGUGGUCACGUUCCAGUUCUGGUAGGGUAUAGCCCCACGGCAGCAAUGGAUUUUCGUCGGCAAGUUAAUGAGCUGCGCGCAUCCAUUGGCGCGGGAAAGCGUGAUGCUACAGUGGCAGCUCUCAUUGCUCACGUGUGGAAACCCCGGCACAAAGAGCUUAAAGCAUUACUUGAUGCCAAAUGCCAAAGCUCGCCCUGCGAUGAGCAAGUCUAUCAUGCAAAAUGGGCGGAGAUUGCGAACCAAACAUUUCUGAAAGAUAAAGUAAUUCUCGAAUUGGAGAGACAAAUGGAAGCGCUUGGGGAUUCAGGUCGUAGUAGUCGAUCUAGGUACGCGGAAAUGGGUGAAUUGUCAAGCAAAAUAGCAGCUGAACACGCUGCUAAAAUGGCGCUUGAGAGCAAACGUGAGAGUUUAUGUGUGGGUCUUGUAAAGUCCAGUCCUCGCAUUCAGUCACUAGUUAGGAAUGCUCUUUUAUGA